CAGGGAUUCCAAUAUGGCGGCCGCCAUCGGAAGAUUUUCUCGUUGUUUUGCUCGUUUUGCGAGUCCAAAUCGCCUUUUAAUAAAACCUACCCCGGCGGUGACAUGUAUAAGAACACUGAAACGUGUGGUCAGUGAAGAGGCUGAAGAAGAACUUCGACCACAGUACAAGCUUCCUGGUGAGCUUAAUGAUUGGACAGGGAAUGUUCUUUACCCUGAUGAACAAUCAAAAAAGUGGGAUGUCAAUGAACCUGUGGAAGAAGCCGCCGUCACAAACCUUACCGUGAACUUUGGCCCGCAACAUCCGGCCGCUCAUGGUGUCCUACGUCUUGUUCUUGAACUUGAUGGGGAGACCGUUGAGAGGGCUGAUCCACAUAUUGGAUUGCUUCAUCGAGGAACGGAAAAGCUGAUUGAAUACAAAACGUACUUACAGGCGUUGCCUUAUUUCGAUCGUUUGGAUUACGUGUCAAUGAUGAACAACGAACAAUGUUUCUCUCUCGCCGUUGAAAAUCUUCUCAAUAUCGAAAUUCCCGAGAGAGCCAAGUGGAUAAGAGUGUUGUUUGGCGAGCUUACUCGGAUAUUGAAUCAUUUGAUGGCUGUGGGCACUCACGCACUCGACGUUGGAGCUAUGACUCCCGUAUUUUGGUUCUUUGAAGAAAGAGAAAAGAUGAUGGAGUUGUACGAGCGUGUAUCAGGAGCAAGAUUGCACGCUGCCUAUGUGCGCCCUGGAGGAGUGUCCCAGGAUCUUCCGUUGGGUCUAAUGGACGAUAUUUAUGAGGUGAUUCGAAAAAUUCCGCAGCGAAUGGACGAACUAGAAGAAAUGCUAACAAACAAUCGUAUUUGGAAGCAAAGGACAGUCGAUAUUGGCGUUGUUAGCGCCAAAGAUGCACUCGAUCUUGGCUUCAGUGGUGUUAUGGUGCGUGGUUCUGGUAUAAAAUGGGAUUUACGCAAAGCUCAACCCUACGAUGCUUAUGAUAAAGUAGAAUUCGACGUUCCUAUUGGUGUCAACGGAGAUUGCUAUGAUAGGUAUUUAUGCAGGGUGGAAGAGGUGCGGCAAAGCUGCGAUAUAAUUAUACAGUGUUUGAACCGCAUGCCUGAGGGUGAAGUGAAAGUUGACGAUGCCAAAAUCGCUCCUCCGAGUCGAUCUGAAAUGAAGGAGUCCAUGGAAGCAUUGAUCCAUCAUUUUAAAUUAUAUACUGAAGGUUAUCCAGUGCCACCCGGUGCUACGUAUACAGCUAUUGAAGCCCCAAAGGGGGAAUUUGGCGUCUACCUUGUUGCUGACGGCAGUAGCAGGCCUUAUCGGUGUAAGAUUAAAGCGCCAGGAUUUUCACAUUUGAGUGCCCUUCAUGAAGUCAGCAAAGGUCAUAUGUUAGCUGACGUGGUGGCAAUCAUAGGGACAAUGGAUAUCGUUUUUGGUGAAGUCGAUCGUUAAUUGAAGCUCUGGCAAUGCAAAGUUUGUUCGAUCAUAAAUGAGGUAUUUAAGCUGGAGUGAUGUUGGGUGAAUAAAGAAAUGUUUCGUAGCAUUGCUUCCUUUUAGCAUAUUCAAAGUAAUGUUUUGUGUUAUGCAUGAAUAUUGAAUAAAGUCAGUUGCAUUUGUAAGCAGUGUUGAGUGUAGGGGACCAUCUGGCUGGGAAUGUUUCGUGGGUUGUUUUUUAAGUAUAUACAAAGAAAUACAAAUACCUCUCGACUCUGAUUGAUUUAUUUCAGCACUUUCAAACAUCAUUGGCAUUGCAAUGAGCCAUGUAAACAAAUUUUGAGUGACGUGUUACCUCGCGAAGUUCACGCGAAAAACAACGAACAUGACUCGUUCAGUGACACGUUUUGUUGGAAAGUGACACCAUUAAAUUUUCACAAAAUUUAUUUAAAAAAACAAGUUGAAAAAAGAAACGAUGGAGAAUCCUUUCUUUUUUAUAACUACAUGGAAGAAAUUCCUUCUAAACGACCAUUGCUUCUCAAGGGAAAAAAUCAAUGAGUACAAAGUUGUCAGUACAAUUCAAACUAUAGCAACGCUUGUCUGGAACAUCUCGUACAUCGGUAGUUACGUCACAACAUUAUCAAAGCAAAUAGCUUGUGAGAGUAAAACUUGAAAUCCGUCUCAUGGUUCUAAAUUUAAAACAAUGUGAUGUUAGAAUGUUGUGAUGUAAUUACCGAAAAGGUCCAUUAUAGUGUAGUUUCUCGUGCAAUUACGGUGGUAAACAUGCACUUGAGAGUUUUUUAACAACUGCAAUUUUUGCGCUCUUUUAGAACCCACCUGUGCAUGUUUAUUGCAUUAAUGUUAACUGCACUCGUAAUCAUCCAUUACCGAUGUACAUAAAUAGUCCUAAUAAUACACAGCAAUUUCAAAUAUGUUAAUUAGAAGAGAAUCGUGACAUGAAUGGAUCUCAUUUAAAUAUCACUUAAUAUCAACUCGUUGAGCUGAAUAUCUUGUAGUCUGAAUAAACCAGUAGACAAGCUCACUUUGUGCAAUUAUUGCGACAAAGAUAUGCGUGUGGAUGUAUGUUUCCUGAAGCUAAUUCAAAAAAUAAAAAAGUGAGG